GCCGCUCGACGCGCGGUGUGUUCACGAGCGUCCGCUCUGCGCAGCUGCGACACAGUCCUUCCACGCGGCUACAGGAGAGUGGUAUUUUCGCUACAGACUGGAAGCAUUUUUUUUAUAAGAACAGUGAAAUCGCUUUAUUUAUGAAUGAAGAAUUCUCUAGAAGCCUCAAGCUCGCACAUCCACCCGCACAAUUUGUUACAUACUGUAACGUUUGUCGAGGCGGAUACGCAGAAGCUGCACUGCGCAACAACGGCGCAUAAUUGACACACUUGAGUCCUAGCCGGCAUGAGCCGGAAGUGUUCUGGCGAACUACCCCCGGAGGAGGGGAUGGAGGUGGACUGUCAGCCGGAGGACCUGUCCAGGUGCUUGUAUGAGGAGCGCUGUGUGGAGCUGGGGGAGGUGAAGGACAUGAGGCUGGAGGCUGAGGCGGUGGUCAAUGAUGUGCUCUUCGCGGUCACAGACAUGCAGGUCUCUCACAGUCUCUCCAGCGGACUGGAUGUGGCCUACAUAAACGUGGAGACCAGAGAGGGAAACCGAUACUGCUUAGAGCUCACCGAGGCGGGGUUACGGGUGGUGGGACACGGCUUCGAUCAGGUGGAUGAGGAGUUGAGCUCCCAGUAUCAUGAGACUGUUUACUCACUGCUGGAUUCUCUCAGCCCCGGAUACAGAGAAGCGUUUGGAAAUGCUCUGCUACAGAGACUGGAGAGGCUCAAACAAAACGGACACUGAGGGCUUCAGUAUCAUUCAGAAUAUCUCCGCUCGCUAACAGUUCAUCCAAGUCCUGUGCCGCUUCUCAGCUUAAAGCAUCAGUGGUACCUUUUUCAGUUUUUAGCCUGUGAUAUGUUUUAACAGAUCUUGGUGUUGAUUUGACAAACUGACUUGCCUGUGAUGUUUUAAAGUAUUUUACCAUUAUUUGGAGAGGUAUCAUUGCUAUGACAGACACAAUGGGUCCAGAUGAAUACUCCAUUUUUUUAUUUACCAUUUUGCAAAUGAAAUGACCCUCAGAAAUAGCAGAGGACUAUGGGAAAAUGUUUGAACUAAAGUCUUUUGUGUUAACAACACGCUAGUGCUCUGGUUUUGGAUGAACUGGGUCCUGCAAAAUAGAGCUCCGUAUUGUACUUGCAUCAACUGUACAGCAUGGCUCUUUAAAGUACUAACAUUAAAAACAUAUCAGAUGCCUUACUACUUUCAUUCAAAUUUCUAACAGUUCAGUUUUCUUUUGUUCCAAUUUCAGUUAAACCUGUCCACAAGAUAGUAAUUUAGAAAUCCUGAUACAUUCAGUAUCUUCUCUUCCUUUAGUUUGCUACAGAUCUUAUCAGAUCCUCUUUUUGAAUGUGAAAAUACAUCUGUCAAAAUCAGCAGAAAGGAUUGAAAAGCCAAAACAUGGUGGUGAUAUCCACUUCCAGCCCCAAAGUAUUUUAUUUAAUUUUUUAAGAAAAUGGAAACAUUUGUCAGUUUCGUAAACCUGACUCAAGGAUCGAAACCGAUGCAUUUUAGCUCUGAAACUUUAUACUUUUACUACAAAAGAGUUGAGCAGAAUCGUCUCCCCUGCAAUUACAUAACAGCAGCAUGUUUGUGUGAAUGCCAAUGCUCGACUUAUUGUUGUAAAGAAAAAGACAUUUAUUAUGGUUAAUGAUAGUUCUAUAUCGGCAACAGCAAGCAUAUCAUGUAAUGUGUAUUGCCCAAUAUCGGUGUUUUUAAAAUAUGUUUUUUUCAGGAAGAAAGAUUUCAUGUUAUGUAGAAUCCUUGAUUGACUGGUCAAAACAAAAUGCUUGAUCUUGCACAGAAUUGCACUAAAUGAGAUAAAGCAGCCAUUUUUCUGACUUUGUUUGAAAGGGCUGCGUAAAAAAAAAUGCUACAAAGUUACUUUCCAUUUCAGUUUAGAACAGAAGGAAGAGAUUCAUUUAAAUAAAUGCAUACAGAAGUUGUGGUAUGAUGGGUUUCUACCUCAUGUUGGGUUUUUAUGCUGACCUCUUCAGCAUGCCUGUGAAAUUGAUGUGUGUUUCCAGCUGGUUUGGGAUAAGGCAGGUGAUAAUAGUAUGCUGUUUUGUGAUAAUAGGGUCAGUGAACAGAAUCGGUCCUCUGGUUUUAGCAAAUUCCUGUGAAACACAAUACACUUCAUAUCAGUCCCAAACAAACGUCCUAAUAAUUUACAGAAUGUUUGCUUAGAUAACCAAGAUGGAAAACGAGUAAGAGAGCGUUUAAAUGACGUACAAUGCACAAAUAACUUCUGUACCUGAGGGAAUGUUGCUUGCUUUUGUUUCCUUGUAAUAAAAAGCACACAUUCAAAUGUUA